GUGCCCAGCGCAGCGUUUCCCCUACGGUACCCGGGGCGGCGACUACCACGGGCUCGGGGUGUCGCUCGCUCGCUCCGCGGGGACAUCGGUGUCCGGAUGGACUCGCCCGGCCCCGGCGGGAAGUGGCUCCGCAGGCUCCGGCCGGGCAGGCGGCGGCGGCGGCCGCGGCGGCAACAGCGGAGGCGGCGGGAGGACCAGGCGGCGGCAGCCGGUCCCUGAGGCUGGCGAGUCCGGCUUCCUGUGGCACCAUGAUGCCCGGGGAGACUCACUCCAAGGCUGCGGGGACGGCAGCAGAUGCCUCGGGUUGUCAGGGCUGCUCCGCGCUCCAACAGAAUUUAAAUGAAUAUGUUGCUGCACUAAUCACACUGAAACAAAAGAUAAUUGAUACAGAUAAUUUGCUGACAGAAUAUCAGAAGAAAUGUGAUGAGCUGCAGUUCGCAGAAAGAGAAAACUCUGCACUUCGUAAGCAGGUGGAACAAAUGCUGCAAAAAAUUUCUCCUCUGGAGAAAUGCCAGGAAGAACUGGGAUGUUUGAAAGCAGAGCUAGAAGAGAAAAAGAGUUCUCUCAAGAUAUAUCAGGAUUCUUCUCAUGAAUAUACUCGUGUGAAAGAAGAAUGCCUAAAAAGUGAUGCUCGGAAGAAGAAACUUGAAGCCAAAGUGAAAAAGCUUGAAGAAGCUGCAGUAAAACACACCGAAGACUUAAAACAAUUGAAAAUUGAAAAGAAAACUCUUGAAAAAGAGCUCAAGAAGACACAGGAAAAACUUGAUGAAUUUCCUAAGCAAAAUAAUAAGAAAGUGUUGAAACAUAUGGGGACCCAGAGUUCCAGUAAUGAGCCAGUUGAAAGCCUAGACAAGAGAAAAAUAAAACUGCUUUUGAAGGAGCUCUGGCUGUGCAUUGACCCUACAAAAGAAAGACUACAGAAUGAAGACAGUGAAGAUAUCCAAGAAAAGACUGCCAAAGAAAAUAUAAAAUCUAGAAAAUCUGUUGAAGAAUAUGGACUGCUACCUCAAGCGCAGAGCAAUCACCUUGGACCUCCUGAAACGAAGACUUGCCUGACAAGCUUCUCUGUGCAGUUAGAGCAGGAACUCCUCGGAGGGUGUAGGUCUGCUGAGGACGAUGGUCCCAUCACUGUCAGUAUGCAGGACUGCAGUAAUGACUCAGCUUUUCAUGAGGACAGAAAUCCUGAGGUUUUCGUGCCAAGUAGUUGGGAGGAUGAUAGUUCUGAUUCCUCAGAUCAGGAAGAUCCAGAAGAUAAACCACUCAUGAAGGAUCUGGAAGCCAUCUUUGACCUCUUCAGACUUCCCCCACCACUUCUGUCCCCAGUGUCCACGCCCCCUCCAGUACCGCUACGAUGUCAGGUGCCAUCAUCAUCUCCUCUUGCACCUGAGGACUAUUUUGGAGAUUUUACAGAUUCCAGCGAAGAAGAAUUGGUGGGUAGUGAACACACUAUACCAUCUCUUUUAGAAAAUGGCGCAGAUGAGUCGCAGAAUACUUUUAACUCUUCUACAGAGAAAGAAGAAAGUAGCAAACCUAUAGAACAACUUGAACUAGAUCUUGGAAUCCAGGAUCCAAUGAAUCUGGAAUUGAAUGAAGAAACAGCUAUUGGAUGUGACAUUUUAACAACAGAAUUAAAAUUUAAGGAUAAUAAACCUAAUUCAAAAGAAAUAGAGAUGCCUUUUCCAGGUACUGACCCAUUAUCCUAUAAAGAGCAUCUUGUGGUGUCAUGUGAGAGUACAGAAGAUGAAAAUAAAUAUGUCUUAGAUAAAGGUGUUAUACCACAAGAUAAUGAGGAGAGAUAUGACUCACCAUUGGAAAGUAAAGGACCAUCCUGUAGAACAUACAGUAUGCACACUGAAACUGAGUGUUUACAGAAGAUAGCUGAAGAUCUAGUGCAAGUGACAGAUAAUGCUGUUUUAAAUGAAGAAAUAUGUCAUUCUUUGCUUAGCCAGGAAGAGUUAGUUGUACCAGUUGCAUCUGAAGAAGAUAACUCAUUGCCUGGAACUGAGUCACACAAAUUAGAAUUUACUACACAAACACCCAUUAGUGGAUUCACUUCUGAAAAUGAAAAACCGCUCAUAGUCUCUGAACAUUUCCAAGAAAUAACUGGAGAAUUGCCUGGAAAGGAGACAAAAGAAAUGCAAAGGCUUAAUAUACAGAAACCUUCUGAAUCCAAACAAGAUGUACCCAUUAUGAUAAACACAAGUGAGCUUGAUACCAAGACAGAUCUUGUAUCCUCUUCUCCCAGUGUUAUGUCAUCUAAUUGUAGUGAUCCUCAAUUCUCCUUUGACUUAGGGUAUAAUAAUGAGGUUUCUUGGAAAUUUAAUGGUCAGUGUACUUUAAUUGAAGUUGUAGGUACAGACUUUUUAAAUGAGGCUGUUCCAAAUCAACUCCAUUGCAUGGAACAAAAAUCCUAUGAAACAACGCAGAAUAAAAUUUCAGGUACUUUAGAUAAGCAGUCUGAACCUACAGAUUAUUCUAAAGGAGAAUACAAUGUAGAGAAAAACAUACGUGCUUUGAGGCCUAAUUCAGCAACACCCAUGCUUACUGAUCAAAUCAGCGGAGAGACAGAAUGUUCUGAUGUAUCAAAAGUCAUAACUAACAUUUAUGUAGUUGAUCAGGCAGCAUUUGUAAAAGACACAGGUGAUGAACAAUGUGAAGUGGAAGAACCAGGAAUUGAACUUAAUACAACUAAAUCAGAAGAUGUAAUUUCAGUAGCAUCUCAGAGUGACUUGGCAAAGAGGGAUUUUGAUUUAGGCCAAAGUGCUUCCUGCCACAGUAUAGAUGCUGAUAUGGUAAUAAGGAGAGAAUGUGAAGGAAGUCCAGAAGCUAAACUCAAAUGUGAACAAGAAGAUAAUAAGCAAUUACAAACAGAAAUGCCUGUUUUAGAAAAUAUGCUGUCAUCACCCAAAUUGGAUUGUCAUAGAGAACAAGUUAAUCCAGUAGAAUCUAAAGUUGUUUCUAUUUCAGAUAUCCAGGUCUCAGUUAUUCCUGAGCAGUUGAAAUCUGAAGAGUCUCAGAUUACCAACUUGGAGGAUCUUGGGUCUCAUGUUAAAGAGAGGACUUUAGCACCUAAGAAUACUUACAUUGAAACUGAACAACAUAUGCCAUCUAAAGCAAAAUAUAUUGAUGAAAAGAAAUGCCACCCACUAAGAAUCAAGCAAAUAGAGACAGUAAACUGUCCCUCAGCAGAAGACUCUACUUGCUGGGUAACAUCAGAUUUAAAGUCUUUUAGUGAAUCUUCAUCUGUAGAAAAUUCUCAUUAUGACAUAACUAGAAAAUUAUCAGCCAGAUCUGGAAUAUCUCUACAGAACCAGAAGAAUUUGCCAGAAGUAAAUAAAAAGCAAGAUCUGCAAAGUCAAGGUCAUCUUAAAACCAUGAGUACUAAGGAAGAAUUUACUCCAUCCACAGAUGUUUCACUUCCAGAUGGUUUAGUUGAAGAAGAAAUUUGCUCAAGAGAUGCUUCUGUAUCAGACAUUGAAACCCUAAUUACACCCUUGGACUCUGUGUCUUUUAGUAUUCAGCAAACUCAUAUAGAGAAAACUCCUGGGAAUACUUGUUUGAAUUCUUAUAUGAAAGAAGGAUGUACUUUCUCAUCAUCCCUAAGUAAAAAAGAUGAAAAUGAGACCCAUGUUAGCCUAAAUAUACUUAAUGACAUUGUACAAUGCUAUAGGGGCAGUCAAGAAGAAACAAAACAGGAUUCUGAAGAAGAGGAUAAUCAAAUUAGUUAUGAUAGUAAAAGUAAAAAUGAGACUGAAACUAAGCGUGAAACUAAAGAGCAAAAUUUUAACAAAGAGCCACAAACACAAAUAGGAAAAACCAGUAUCUAUAAAGAUGCUCAUGCACGUAUGAAAAGGAGAGACUCUUUAGAAAUAGAGUAUUUGACAUCAGCCCUGAAAAAUUUUAACAUAAGUGCUGUUUCUGAGACAAAUGGAUUUUCUACAUCAGAGAUGUUUAAGCUUCUUGAAAAUAGCCGAUCACAGGACUAUACUUCAGGGAACUCUGUUUUAGAAUGUUUUGACAAAGUAGGAACAAAUAAGGAAAUGAAAAAAGAACUAAAACUAGGAAAGGUAUCUGAAGAAAACUUGAGAAAACACUGUUGGGUGAAAAUUCAUGUGGUUUCCAAAGAGACAAGUGAUUCAGAAGAUGACUGUCCUUUAAGAAAGGUUAAAUGUGCAAAUCAGUUUACCCAUUGCUCACUGGGGGAAGCCACUAAGAUUUACACCGAAGAUGGACCUGGAAUUCAAAACAAUUGUAAAGAUGCUCAUACUAAAUAUAUUGGUGUCUCCUCCAUUUUGAACACAUGUAACAGUAUAGUAGAUGGACAUUUGAAAGAAAAAUUUCUUUUCUGUGAAAUGCUUAAGCAUUCAUCAGACAUAAAACAAUCAUUGAUUCUAGAUUUUGAUCCUGAUAGAAAGCCCUGCACUGAUACGUUUAUUAAUGAAAAUACUCAAAGAACAGAGCAUAAAGAGUAUUCAGAUGCAACUGAGGGAAGAAGUGAUAGUAAAGAUACCAUAGAGAUGAGACCUGAGACAGUUGGAAAAAGUGCCAUUGAGCAAAAUACUAGCAAUUCAGAAGGAGCAAUGUUACUCCAUCAUGUAUCCAGGAUGAAUUCAGAUAUUGUAAAUGGAUAUGAAAAAGAUGGUAAUUUGAAUUUAAGUAGCAAAGAAUCUGAAGAUUGGAAGAUUACAAAAGAUGACAAUGUCAAAUCAAGCACAGACCAAAUUGUAUUGCAUGAACUUCCUGAAGAAGUCCCAAGAGUACAAACUAUUCUUUCUGGAGAUGUCUUGGAAGAUGCCCUUGAUCCAGUUGCCUCUACUGAGUAUUCACCAAACACUGAACAAGAACAGAGUGACCCUCCAUCUAAUGAAAGUCAUUAUGAUGACUGUCCUUCAUCUAGACAGAAGGAUGGUUCAGACAGUGGUCAAAAUGAUAUUUUUGAUAAAGACACUUUGUGGAACCCAUCUAUGUCUGAUUCAAGUUUUGACUCUCAAGGAAAUAAUCAGACUUCAGAAUCCCCAAAUACUUCCUUUGAUGGCACACAUAAUACUUUAGAACUUGAGCCAUUAGUUGAUUUAGUCAAUCCAAGUAAGAGUGGGUCAGAAACUUCAAACCAAGAACCAUCAUAUAACCUGACAAAGGCUUUAGCGAAAUCUAAAGUUCAAUUUAGCCCGGGCAAAGCUUCUCGAAAGUCUUCAAGGGUAAAAGGUAAAAUAAAAACUCAACAGAGUCAUUUAGCGCAGCCUGUUUUAGCAACUGCUGAUACUUCUACACCAACAAAAUGUUCUCCUGAUACUCUAAGUAAAAUAAGGCAAGAGAUGGGGCCUCCUUUGCCUCCUUUGCUUGCACCACUGCUGGCAACACCACCAAGGACUCAGCAUCCAGUUUCUCCUCUAAUGUCAACCUCUAGUCAGUCUUCUCUAACUUCACCACUCGAUGAUCUGAUUUCCCCAUUGCGUGAUACACCAGUCCCUCCACUUAUGUCUCCACUAUCCGAUGAUCCACGGCAUAAGUCACCUAUGCGUAGUACUCCAUCUCCUUCAGAUGUACCUGCCAGUCAGAGAAUCUUAUCAUCUCCUUUGCAGUUUUGUGCCGCCACACCAAAGCAUGCACUUCCUGUGCCUGGCAGGCUUCCUCCAUUGGCAGUUGGCAAUACUGCGCUAGGAGGACCCCAGGAAAACUCUGUAAAAAUCCUUGAUACCAUGUACCCAGAACUAUCUGCCAGAGCAAGGACACUUAACAUUCUCAAAGGGAAUAUUCAGCUGAAUAGAUGUCCUCCAGCAGACUGUAAGAAUUUACCAGGACCUGUGAAUAAUAUUACUGGAUUCAAAGCAAUCACAUCUACAUCAACUGCUUUUGUUAAAACAGGAAGCAGUUCCAACACUGAGUGUGAUCAAGGUAAACUAAAAGAUUCUGGGACUGAACUUAUGAGUUUCCAGAGUCACAGUGGGAAAAGACCAUUGGUGCCAUCAACCAUCUUAAGGAGCGCCAAGAGGUUACGUUUAGACAGUGAGUCACCAAAAUUGGAGAUUAAGGUAGAUGUGCCAGAAAGCAUCAAGAUGCCCCAAACUAGUUCUCCUCAGGCUGAAAAUGAAAUAACACAUGAUGAUGAGAAUUCUGUUCAGGAACCAGCGGACAACUCUGUCACAGAAUCAUCUUCAGCUUUACAGGAUUAUAAAGAGCCACAUGAUAACGCCAUGAGCAGUGUCUUGAAAAAGAUUGCUGAGUCAUCCUUUGAUUUGUUACCUGUUAUUCGAAGUCAUAUGAAUGUGGGAAAUGUUUCGAAAAAGCCGGUGAUGAGGGAUCAAGAAAAAGAAGUUGUCUGUGAAUUUAGUACCACAAAGAAGCACUUAGCACAGCCUUUGCUUCAUGCUAUUCUCUCUGAACUGAAAAUUCACAAGACAUCCUUGGAUCACACUUACAUUCAUGCUCUCUGCAGAGUGUAUGUUGGAAUAUGUCGGCAACUGGGAGACUUGGAAAGAGCCCGACUAUUUUGCUAUGAUUUACUUAAGGAAGAUUUUCCAGAGUCUGAUAAAUUAACUUUGUUUAUUGCAAACAUAUGGCAUGAUAUAUUUGCCUUCCAAGGAGUGAUUAAUAAAGCGAUGCAGCUGGUUGUCCGGCAACGUGCUAAAGGAGAGGUUCUGAACUAUUUGAUUACAUAUCUCAACUGGGAAAAGACUUCCUUCUUAGAUGUUACUAUGAUGAUCUCCCAGCUGCUUUUGACAAUACAAUUAUGUCCUAAAAUGGAAUUUCACUUAAGUGAGAAAUUUGGCGAAGACCUGAAUGAUGACAUGUGGCAAUAUAUAUUUGCCCUUGAUCUACUUUGCUGUCAUCAGAAAUGGGUUUGGACACAUGAUAACAUCAUAAGUAAAGAGCUAUGGCCUGUCAUGGAUAAGUGGAUAAAGCACAGAAAAGGACAUUUGAACAUCGAAUACACUCCAGAUAUUAUUGUAGCGUUGAUACUCAGGCUAAUUGGUCGUUUAGGCCAACUAGGUUUGAAGGAAGGAUUUUCUUCUGCUGUGAAAAAUAUCAGUUCUGUGAUUUGUAUGUUCAUACAACAUUCAAAUGAAGAAGAUGUACCCUGGAGUAUUCAGUUGGCAGCUGUAUAUGCUCUUUGUGACUUGAGUCCCAGCAAUCCAGCAGAAGUGUCCAAGGUACUAGAAAAUUGGAUAAGAAUGACCACAAAGAGCAUCCCAUCUGCUGUUACAAGCUGCUUAGCUGAAGUCAACUUGUUGCGUGCAGCAGAACUCAGCUAAACCAUUGAGGGGAAAGACACUGCAUCUGUCCAAGUGCCUUUUUGUCUUUAUCAGCAGAGUUGGUUGAUACAGUUGAGAAAUGAUCAGAGCAAUACCAACAACAAAACCAGGCAAAAGACAGACAUUCCUUAUUGUUGUGGACAGGAAAGAAAAAAUAGGAAUGGCUUUAUUCUAGAAGGCAUGUCCUUCACAAAAUUAUCGUGUUAUUGAGUAUACAUUUCAUAUAAGCCUGACAUGUUUUAAAUGAUGAUGGGUUGAAGUAUUGUAUUAUGAUCAGAUAACAAAAACUUGAACUUUGCCCUUUUUGCUGCAGAAAGUAUCUUUUUUAGUGUUGGCUUUUAAAAAAUAUAUAUGUGGCAUUUUAAAUUUAAUCUGACAAAAUGAAAAUGCUAUUGGUUCUUGAACCGAAACAGUUUCUGGACUAUGCAUUCAAGACUAGAGAAUUAUAUAGCUAAAAAAGACUUGGAUAGCAAGGUCUUCCGUUACUGAGCCUAAGGAUGGGCUACAAAACUGUAUUUUUUGUUUUUAGUGGGCUUCUGGAGAGAAUGAAAGACAAAGCUCUUGCCAGAAAUUCAUUUUAACUUAUUUUCUCCUCAUUUGUAAACUUCCCUAAAACUAUUCAGUUUCAUCCUCUUGUAGCAGGAAAGGGCAUCUGAGAAGUAAAAUUAAACUCUAAAUGCAGUUUUAUGUAUCAAUUAGAUGUAUAUAAAAGAUUCAGAGAUAACCAGCAGAUCUCUGUGUAUGUUUUGUAUGUACAGUAUAAUGCUAUAAUGUGUUUCACAUUUGAUGAUGUUCCACUUUGGGAAUUUUAGUGUUUGUAUAUAGACAAGGGGUUUAAUAACUCACCAUGGUUCUGAUUUGUCUUGUAUUCAUCAUUUCUUAAAACGCCUGUACAUGUUCUUUGUUGUUUUUUAU